AUCAAACGUUCAUAUCGACCUGAUAAAAUCCGGUUGGUAACUAGUUGUCAGUCGUCUGUCGAUUGCGCAGGAGUGCUCGACUGCUUAAUUUUAUUUGUGUUGAAUAACUGUGCUGUUUCUUAUUUACAAUGGAGUGGUAUACAACGAAAUGUGGAAAAUACAGAAUAGAAUCUCUGUCAGCUGCUACUUUCCCGGGCGCGUUGGAGGUAAUAAGGAUAGCAUUUUGCCAAGACGAAUCAGUUUCAAUAGGGUGUGAAGUGAACAAGAAUCCGGUAGCUGCAGAAGAGCUUUUGGAGCUGUGUGCAGACGCUGCGCUGGAUGGAGUGUCCCUGGUCGCCGUGGAAACCAGCACUGGACAUGUUGUGGCUGUAGCUUUUAACAAAAUACAGGUUGCAACGUCCUCUGAAAAACCAUUUUUCGAAAUUUUUGCCGAAGAACGAUGCACGCAAGCGUCUUCACGUGCCUUGAUAAGCUAUAUGGCCGAUGUAGACGGGAGAUGCAAUCUAUUCGAUAAGUACAAAGUGGACUGCAGCUUGGAAAUCAUGUUUCUGGCUACAUUAAAGGAGCACAGAAAUAAUCAACUAGGAACACAUUUAUGUAGAAUUUCAAUAGAUUUAGCUAGACGAUUAAAAAACGGUCCGGUAUCCAAAAUGUCGUUGCAGGAUUUAGGCGGGAAAUUUUCAAAAAUGGCGGAGAGGUCGUUGCCAAGUGUGUAUCCAAAGAUCUGCCAAGCUAUAUGGACGGGGGCGGGCACGCAGAAUAUAGGAAAGAAAUUAAACUUUACUGUGCAUUUGGCUGUUCCUUUCACAGAAUUUGUGUACAACGGGAAGUCGUAUGCAGAGAGAUUGGGAGAUGAGUCUGCAUUCUGCGAAGUUGUUGCUUUAGCUCUUUAAAAUAUCUACCUAAACUAUAUAUAAAAAAUACAUACAUUAAAAAAAUAAUAGUCAGUAGUCGAAUUUAAAUUACAGUAAUUGCAUAACUGAUCAAGUAGUUUUUAAGUACAAAUCUUUCAAAUAAGAUAUAUUUUACAUAUUGCACUAAUUUUAGUGUACUUAUCUCAGUCUCUCAUUCUUGUGUUGUAAAAAAUAAAUCUUUAAAUUUGAACAUUCGACUGUGAUAUUACAACCUCUUUGGGAAUUAUGUUGUUGCCUUAUAGUGACGUCGUACGACUGUUGAAAUAUUUUUAUUAAAGUAUUGAUUUUGUUUAGAGAACAUAUUAAAUAGAAGAAACAAAACUCCACUUUCAAAGUGAACUAAAAGUAAAAUUCUAAGACUGAAGCCGUCGAAGCGAAGAGGACAUAACGCAACUAAAUGAAUUACAGGUACCAAUUCGAUUUCUUUAGUCUUCAGAAACGAAUUCCAACUGAGGAGCUCUCAAGGAAAUUUUCUUGGCAGAGUGCAGUGUAAAUAGAGUUAGUACUUAGUUCAUUUGAUAUUUACUAUUUUACACGUUCUAACGUUUGUUUACUUGUAAAGAUUAAAUUUGUUAUAGAUUUCCUUCACAUGUGGCUUGUGGUUCCGGCUUACAACAGGACCACUCCAUAUCCUCCCGUGGAUGUCGUACGAGGCGAUUAAGAGACAAACAGCCAAGGCAGCUGUAGGCAACAAUACCAUUACAAAGCAGGAAUGACUUCAGGCUGGCGGCCGGUUAGGCCGGUCAGGUAAUUUUACAACCUGCCUGAUGCUUUUAAAGCCUACCUGACGUCAACCCACCUUAAAAAUUCUGUUGUUGCAUAUCUGUUUUAUCCCUUAAUCGCCUCGUACGACAUUGAGAGAACAUGGGGACGCCUGCAACCCGCUACUUACGUACACGAAUAAUAUAGCAGGUACUAAUUGCAAUCGCAUCUGCAGUCUGAAGAUAUUAGUAGUAAUUGAUUGCCAUCAAUUUAAUGUUAAUUGAUAGUCACACAUAUUAACUACACGUAUAGCAUGAGCUAAGUCGACAAUUGAGCACCAUUAUUUAGGUAUAAUAUGUUACCCAAUAUAGGUACCUAAUUAUAUUACAGCUGCAAAUUUGUCUACUUAGUAAUCGGAAAAAUGAAAUAUUUCCCUAAAAAACAUACCAACGGAUAAAUUUCCCUUGAAUAUUCUUACUAAGCUAAGUUAAUUUAUAAAAAUAAUAAUUUUGUAAUUGGAUUACAAUGAUUUCGCCUACUUCUGUAGCCUUUGAAAUGUUGUCAAAAGUAUACAAUUAUGAAGCUAUGUUUUCAGGCAGACUACAAAAACGAAGGAAAGAACAACAAAGUAAAUUAAUAAUAAUAUAUUAAGUACUUUAAAUCUUUUACCAAACAUAGUAUUGCCUUCGUAAAAGCGAGAUCUUUCCAAGAAUUUUUAUUUUCGUUUCAAUUUUAGAAUUGCUUCUGACAAUGCCAGCAAUUGAUGUUAGGGAUCGAGAAAUUUCUUCACAAAGGAAAUGUUUUUCUUCUUCAUUACACAGAAAUUAUACUGUAAAUAGCGCCUGUCAAUUUUCAUUUAGCCGAAGCAAGCGUUAGGUCGCUUUUU